AUGUCCGCCGUACUCCAACAAUUGCUCGAGAUGGGCUUCGAGGAAGCGCGAGCAAAAAGAGCGAUUUCUGCUUCAAAUGGAUCGGUGGAGGCGGCGAUGGAAUGGCUGAUCGCUCAUCAAGAUGAACCGCUCCCCGAGGAAGGCAGUAGCGUUGAGCUUGUGGACCAGCCGAUGAUCAUCCCCGAUCAGACUAGCACUUCUGAUGCUCCUGCUGCGGCCGCGAACAGCUUCAAGUGUGAUGAUUGCGGCAAGCUUUUGAAGGAUAACGAUGCAUUGAUGUUUCACGCAGCAAAGACGAAUCACGAAAAUUUCUCGGAAAGCACGGAGACCAUCAAAGCAUUGACCCCAGAAGAAUUGGCUGCUCAGCGAGAAGAGAUCAAAAAGAAACUUCAGAGCGUUCGUGAACAAAAAAGCGACAUGGAUCGCAAAGAUGAAAUUGAAAAGGAGAAGCGCCGACGGGAAGAAGGAAAAUUGGUCAUUCAACGUAAAGAAGAACAAAAAGAACUGCGUCAAAUCGCCGAGGAUCGGCGCCGUGAAAAACUUGAAGAUGAAAGGGCCAAGCAACGAAUUCUUGACCAAAUUAAAGCUGACAAGGAAGACCGCAAAGCUCGUGCCCUUGGAAUGCCACCACCAUCACAUGAGCCCUCAAAGCCACAACACGUGGCAGUCCCACCUCCAAAGGUCGACUACAAACAAGCAACGAUUCAGGUUCGUCUUCCAUCCGGUGAAGCUGUUCGACAAACAUUUGAUGCUAAGGAAUCGCUCUCGGCUGUUCGUUUGUGGAUCGAGAUGCACCAUAAUCCAACUAAAGGACACUUUGAUUUGAUGACACCCUUUCCACGAAAGAAGAUGGAUGAACAAGACUACGAGGCACCGCUUGAAUCGCUUGGCCUCGUUCCAUCGGCCGUUUUGGUGAUGACGCGUGGACAA